UCUCCCCAUUUCCCCAGUCUCAUCUAACUCCCAUUCUCCCUUCCUCUGGUCUGACUCGCCUGCCCCAUCCCGUCCCCGCCCUGUCCCCUUUGUGCCCCUUUUUCUUUUUCUCUCUCCUUCCCUGGUUUGGUGUCCCUUCUCCACCUCAAACUCCCUUCAGCUCGGCCUCCCUGCCCCCUCACGGCCUCUCGCUUCCCUGCCUGAGGCCUGAGCCACCAUGCUGACCCCAAUGGUGGCUGGGGGGGUGGUGUUCCCCGGUCUCUUCCUCCUCUCCAAGAACACGCUCCAGCGGCUGCCCCAGCUGCGCUGGGAGGAAGCCGACGCGGUCAUUGUCUCAGCCAGGCUAGUGUCCUCUGUCCAAGCCGUCAUGGCCUCCACAGCUGGCUACAUCGUCUCCACCUCCUGCAAGCACAUCAUUGAUGACCAACACUGGCUUUCCUCUGCCUACACGCAAUUUGCAGUGCCCUACUUCAUCUAUGACAUCUACGCCAUGUUCCUCUGUCACUGGCACAAGCACCAGGUCAAGGGGCACGGAGGGGACGAAGGGGGGGCCAGAGCCCCAGGCAGCACCUGGGCCGUGGCACGUGGCUACCUGCACAAGGAGUUCCUCAUGGUGCUCCACCACGCCGUCAUGGUGCUCGUAUGCUUCCCGCUGUCGGUGGUGUGGCGUCAGGGCAAGGGAGAUUUCUUUCUAGGCUGCUUGCUGAUGGCUGAGGUCAGCACCCCCUUCGUCUGCCUUGGCAAGAUCCUCAUCCAGUACAAGCAGCAGCACACUCUGCUGCACAAGGUGAACGGGGCCCUGAUGCUGAUCAGCUUUCUCUGCUGCCGGGUGCUGCUCUUCCCCUACCUGUACUGGGCCUACGGGCGGCACGCCGGCCUGCCGCUGCUCGCCGUGCCCCUCGCCAUCCCGGCCCACGUCAACCUGGGCGCCGCGCUGCUGCUGGCCCCCCAGCUCUACUGGUUCUUCCUCAUCUGCCGCGGGGCCUGCCGCCUCUUCAGGCCCCGGGGCUCCCCUCCGCCCUCCCCUUGUCAGACCCAGGACUGAGGGUGGGGCCGGGGGACCCUCCCCAUCCCACCCCUUGGGGACG